CACCUGCCCCAGGUGUACGGGGCGGCGGCCCAGCCCGCAGAGCCAUGAAGCUGCAGGCGGUGAUGGAGACCCUAUUGCAGCGGCAGCAACGUGCACACCAAGAGCUGGAGGCUCGGCAGCAGCCGCCACUGCCCGAGACCCCCACCCCGGGACCCACAGCCCGAGCACGGGCCACCCCUGAUGAAGACAGAGAGCCCAAUAGCGCCCACAUGCAGCGGGCACAGAUGGCUGCACUGGCUGCCAUGCGGGCUGCUGCUGCGGGCCUUGGACACCCACCCAGCCCUGGUGGCGGCUCAUCUGAGGAUGGUCCUCCAGGUUCAGAGGAUGAGGACAUGGACCAGGAGGGGGCUCCUAGCUCCCCUGGCCAAGACAAGGAGGGACUGGAACACUUGGAAGGAGAUGGACACUUCGAGGACAUGGGCUCUGAUGAUGACAUGAAGCAAAAGUGGGAGGAGGAGGAGGAAGAGCUCGAGGAGGACAUGGGGGACGAGGACGAGGAGGAGGAGGAGGAAGAGGACUUCGAGGAGGAGGAGGAUGUGGAGGAAGAGGGGCUGGGCCCCCCAGGCCCCACAGGCCUGGGCCCCACAGGCCUUUUCCCCCGCAAGGCCCCGCCAGCCCAGGCCUUCCGUGGAGAUGGCAUCCCCAGGGUGCUAGGUGGCCCUGAGAGGCCGGGACCUGGCUCCACACACCCUGGAGGGGCCACCCAUGUAGCCUCCCAGCUGCAGCCGCCUGACCACGGGGACUGGACCUACGAGGAGCAGUUUAAGCAGCUCUAUGAACUCGACGGGGACCCUAAGAGGAAGGAGUUCCUGGAUGACUUGUUCAGCUUCAUGCAGAAGCGAGGCACGCCGGUGAACCGCAUCCCCAUCAUGGCUAAGCAGGUGCUCGACCUGUUCAUGCUAUACGUGCUGGUGACUGAGAAGGGCGGCCUGGUAGAGGUCAUCAAUAAGAAGCUGUGGCGGGAAAUCACGAAGGGCCUCAACCUGCCCACCUCCAUCACCAGCGCCGCCUUCACACUGCGGACCCAGUACAUGAAGUACUUGUAUCCCUAUGAGUGUGAGCGGCGCGGCCUCAGCAGCCCGAAUGAGCUCCAGGCUGCUAUUGACAGCAAUCGGCGAGAAGGUCGGCGCCAGAGCUUCGGCGGCUCUCUCUUCUCCUACUCGCCAGGAGGUGCCCACAGCAUGCUGUCCUCGCCUAAGCUGCCUGUCCAGUCCCUAGGCCUGGCUGCCAGCACCAACGGCAGCUCCAUUACCCCGGCCCCCAAGAUCAAGAAAGAGGAAGACUCGGCCAUCCCCAUCACAGUCCCCGGUCGCCUGCCCGUGUCCCUGGCGGGCCAUCCUGUGGUGGCAGCCCAGGCAGCAGUACAAGCAGCAGCAGCCCAGGCUGCUGUGGCAGCGCAGGCGGCAGCCUUGGAGCACAUCCGGGAGAAGCUGGAGUCUGGGGAGCCACCGGAGAAGAAGAUGGUGCUGGUCGCAGAUGAGCAGCAGCGCCUCCUGCACCGGGCUCUGCAGCAGAACCUGCUGGCCAUGACCGCCCAGCUGCCCAUGAGCAUCCGCAUCAACAGCCAAGCCUCUGAGAGCCGGCAGGACUCGGCCAUCAGCCUCGCUGGAACCAAUGGCAGCAAUAGUAUUAGCAUGUCGGUCGAGCUCAACGGCAUCAUGUACACAGGGGUCCUAUUUGCUCAGCCUCCAGCCCCCACGCCACCCUCAGCACCCAGCAAAGGCGGCAGUGGUGGCGGCGGCGGCAGCAGCAGCAGCAGCAGCAGCUCAGGAGGCCGGGGAGGCCCCACAGGGACCAGCUCAGGCAGCCAGGCAGGUGCACCGGGGCUGGCCGUACCCCCUACAUCUUCUACCUCAAAUAACUCGUUGCCUUAACUGCGUGGCUCCCUGCCUGCCCACUGCCGCCCCUCCCCAGGAGCUGACAGUGCCUGGGACUGGGGUCCAGGAAGGCAGAAGCCACAGGUGGGAAGAACAGAGCUUCACGAAACCACAUUGACGCCAAAAAGGAAAGAGAAAAAGAUUAUAUAUAUAUAUAUACAUAUAUACAUAUAUAUAAAGGAAAUUUAAUAAAACAGGGGAAAACCAAGGAACACUUGAAUUUCUCAGGUUUUGGACAUUCAGAGAUGAAUUAUGAGGACUGUGAAAAGACCAUAGAGGAAAAGCAAGCCGCUGGAGCCCGUGGCGGAGCCUCUUUCUGCUCCCAGGGAGGUGGCUGUGGUGUUUGGCAUGGAGCAGCUGCAAUGUCAAAGCCAACCCUGUUUACCUCAUACAUCCCUGCACUGUGUGUUAGCAUUUUUGUCUGUUUUUUAUUUUCACUUUUUAUUUUUAUCUGUGACACAUUCAUCACACCCAGCUCCUUGUGUUGAAUGAAACCCCUGAGCCGAGAUCACUGAUUUUCUUUUCAUCUUUGUUGCUUUGGGAAGUGUGUUUUUCCUUUUUUUUUUUUUUAAUUUUUAUUUUUAAAGAAAUAGUGACUCUCAAAGUCCUAUUGGGUUUUUAAGAGGUUUGGGGGGGGGGUUGUUCUGUAAAUAUUCUAUUUUAUUCUUGGGGGGUGGAGCUUUAGGAAAAGGAUAUCUAUAUAUCUAUAUAUCUAUAUAUUUGUGCUCAUUCAGGGAUUAGGAAAAGCAAAGUGAAACAAAAAAACCCAACCCUGGUAAUCACCAUUUUUAAUUUUUCUGUGACUGGUUUGGGCUCCUUUGGGUGUUUCUGGUGGCCCGAUGGGUGGCCCUCAAGCCCAGGAUGCUGGAUCGUGGUGACAGAUUUCGAAUUUCCAGGCUGGGUGUUCAGAUCAGGGAAUCCUUAACCGGGGGUAGGAUGAUCCCUGGACAAAGGGUCCCAGUCAUGGCCCCAGGCUCCUGUCUCAGGGAUGAUUUGUGGGGGGACGAUCAAUACAGGGGAAACCCAGGGAAGCCAGGCCUAGCUCAGGGUGAGGAUUUAGGGCCCAUGGCAACCUGAGCCCCACCAUUCUCAUCUCUCCCCUCCUCCUCUCUUCACCUUCUCUCCGGGCCUUCCGCCCAGGGGCUGUGGGAUGUCUUGGCUCUGCAGUGACAGUCACUGAACAGAGGCAGGCCCAGGAAGAACCCUGGAUUCCCCACUGAGGUCAAAAAAUUAGGGGACAUCUGUAAGAUACAGCCCACCUGUAGCAGAAGCAGCCGUCUGCAGCCUGGUGAGGGCCUGGGGGACUUUCAGGGGCCUCUGCCUUUGUUCCCGGGGCCACGCCCGAGCUCAGGUGGAGACUGCAGCUGUGGCUGCACCCAGGUGAGCCCGGGCCCUAAUUGGCCCCUGGGGUGGGUGCUAACGAGGCUACCUGUGGGGUGUGCUGAGGCUCCCCCAGCCCCCUGGCCUGAGCUCUGCUCUCCUAUCUCUGGGAAAGGGGGACCCUUUCUUUGCCUCAGAGCCACUGCUGUGCCCCCUUCUGUCCUUCCAGGAGGGGUGGUGGGCAGUGGGGGUGGAUCUCUUGGCUUUUUCUUCUGGAAGGUUUUGCCUGCCCCCUUUUUUUUUUGGGGGGGGGCGCUGGUGUCUUAGCACAAUCAUUCCUGGGUGGGGGGUCUUUUUGUCCCAAGACUCAGUCUCACCCCCUCUCCAAGAACCAUCUGAACUCUGGACUUGGCCAGCAUUGGCCAGCCACUCUUGUCCCUUCCUGGACAAGACCUCUCAGGGCCACCUUGGGGAAAUGUCCACUGUACAUUUCUUUCUACCUCAGGUCUGACUUUUGAUGCCAAAAAAAUCUUUCCCCAGCCACCUUCCUGUCCCUCCUGCUCAGGUUGUGGGGUGUCUCUGGGUGGUGCAUGUGUGGCGUGUGUGUGUGUGUGUGUGUGUGUGUGUGUGUGUGUGUGUGUGUGUGUGUUGGGGACCCGGUGUCCCCUGGCAGUGGUGUGUGUGAGUGUCCAGCCUUAAUGAGCAGACUGGCUCCAAGCUUAGGGGAGUGGCCUGGGGUGGCCCUAAGAUUGCAGGAUGGGUUAUACGGGUCCCUGGGACCCUGCAUCCUACCAGGCAGAAGCUGUGACCCCUGGGCAUCCCAUCUCUGCCUCAGUUGCUUGUUUGUGCCCCCUUUCCACCUCACAUGUGUCCCUGACAUUGCCUGCUGAUGAGGGUGGGAAGGGACAUCUUUUGGGGGAGCAACUCAGGACCCUCUUAUGCAAAGUGGAGUGGGGAAGGAGGGGUUGGGUAAGAGCCACCAGGACCUGACCCUGGGCCCUGUCCAUGUGGGGCUUGGCAGGUGGCAGAUGGGGACCCCCCCAAACUCAGGUAAUGAGGGGCUUGCAGGGGCCCUUGGACAGGCUGCUUCUGGAAUCUUCUUUGGGACUCUUAGGCUGGACAUGGGGCUCUAGCUGUGAGGACAGGUGGGUGGGUGGGGACAGGGAGUUGGAGAUGGCUGGCUUAGUGUUUUUAAGAGUUAUGCAUUUGUACAGUUGCAUUUUUUCUUUUUAUUAUUUUUAUCCAUUUCAUUCCUAUUUUGGUUUUUCCAUAACUUUUGGCUUUUGCUUUUAUUUUACUUUUUGACAAACCCCCCCUCCAGCAAAUACAAACUCAGCUUUUCAGUCUUGAUGCGUGAAAUCAAUUUCAGUUUCUCUGGGGCUUCUCACAUGGUGUGAUGAUCACGCUAGAACUCAGGUAAAAGAAAAAAAAAACUUAAAAAAAAAAAAAAAACUAAAAAACAGGAAAAAAAGGUAAAAACUGCUGUCUACCUCUGGCUGGGCCCCGCCGUCACACCCUGGCCAUGGCAGGGUGACCUACAACAAUAGUUUUUUGCAGAUCAUUCAGGUAUUAAAAAGAAAAAAAAAAUUAAAUGAUAAAAAGACAAAAAAAAAUUUUAAAAAGGUGUGAUUUUGAAAUUUAAAAGAACACUGAAAGUUUACAUUUUAUAAUAACGUUAUUAUGCAAAUUGUAUUUAAACUUCAGAAAUAUUUAAGACAACUGUAACCCAGAAAAGCUCAUAAGAUUAAAA